AACUCAAUCGUUCUUCAUGUUUUAUCCUCGUCUUAUUAAACUGUCAGCUGCGUUUUUCGCUUUUCACUGCGCAAUAUGUGAAUAUUUUUUCCUUUUGUUGGCUUACUUUGACUGUCUUUCAAAGAUAUCCUGCAGCACAUUGGCUGUGUCCUCGCUCAGACAGGAAGACAGAUGUCAGACCUGUCUCUCUCUCUCUCUCUUUUCUGUUUAGUGCUCUCUCCCUCUCUCUCUGUGUCCCAGAAGCAGUACAAAUCCUGGCUUUCCUCAAUACUCUAUUAGCCUGCUCUGCUCGCUCCACACUCUCAGACACACGAGAACACGACACACGCACACACACACACAACACAGGAUCAUCACAAGGGGACACGCACACACCUCUCCUGGAGCUCCUGCUGAACAAGAGGAGGAGAAAAGAGGUUGGAAGAAGUUGGCCUGAAGUCCUGCGAACGCCUUCAAACUGCUGGGAUGAGGUGGUGGCUGGUGGUGGCCAGUCUGUGGCUGCUAGUGGUGCUGACCAUUGUGGAUGCUCAGGCUAGACCUCAGACCCCGAACCGAGGAACUCGCAGGGAGAAGAAGAAGAGGGACGGACAAGGUCAUAGGCAGGCUGGAGCGGGACGCUUCAGACCUAUGAAGAUUAGACUGGUACCUGGUCCCAGCACCCAAGUGGAGCCUGACGAAAACCAAGGAAACACUCUGUUCCUGAAUACUUACAAAAACGUACAAGAGCAGCACUCAACUUACAAUGUUAUCCCAGGUAAGCAGGGCCAUUGUGUGUACCAAGGUCUGACCAUGUUUGACCAGGCUGUCUGGUCUCCAAAGCCCUGUGUGACUUGUCAGUGUACCGGGGGACGGGUGGUUUGUGACGAGAUCACCUGUCCGAUCAUACACUGCCAUUUCCCUUUCACUCCUGCUGGGGCAUGCUGCCCUGUCUGCACGGAGCCAGAACCUGAUCUCAGCCUUGACCUCUCUGGUGACUCCCCAGUUCCCAAUGACCCAGAUGAUGACGUAAUCCCGCUGAGCCAGGAUGAGAUCCAGCAAAUCCUCUGGAGAGAAGAAGAGGAGCAUCGUGAAGAGGAGGAACGCCUGAGAAAGAAGGAUGAGACAAGGAAAAAGAGGAGGAAGAACAGGAAGGAGCAGGAGGACAGACAAAGGAAGAUAGUGGAGGAGAAGAGGAAGGAAGAAGAGGAAGCUUUGAGGGUGCAGUUGGAGACAGAAGAGGAAGAGUGGAGGAAGAAGGAGGAAGAGAGGAGGAGAGAGGAGGAGGAAAGCAGAAAGAAGCUGGAGGAAGCAAGGAGAGAAGCAAGGGAGAAAGAAAGGGAGUUAGAAGAGGAAAGGAGGAAACAGGAGGAGAUAUUGAGGAAAGAAAUAGAGGCACUAGUGGAGGAGGAAGAGAAGCGUCAGGAGGAAGAAGAGAUGCAAAAGGAAUGGAGGAAGCAGGAGCAGAAGAGGAGGAACGAGGAAGAGGAAGACAGAAGGAAGAGGGAGGAAGCAGUGAGAGAAGCAAGGGAGAAAGAAAGGGAGUUAGAAGAGGAAAUGAGAGAGCAGGGAGAUAGACUGAGGGAAGAACUACUGGAACUUCUGGAAAAAGAGGAAGAAAAGCGUCAGGAAGAAGUAGAGGAGGAAGAGGUGUGGCUGAGGGGAGAUGUGUUUCAGAUGCCUCCAAAAGAACCUGAAGAACCCCAGGAACCAGAGCUCCUCCCGACCCCCAUCCCAAGGCCUGCUACAACAGGGGAGCUGGACGAACUGGAGGAGCUGGAGGAGCUAGAGGAGCUGGAAGAGCUGGAGGAGAUUGAAACAGAGCGGGAGGAGAUUGAAACGGAAGUGGAGGAGAUUGAAACAGAGGUAGAUGAGUUUGAAACAGGGGUGGAGGAGGAAGAUGAAGAGAGGGAAGUUGUGGUCGUGAACCAAGAUAGCCUCCCUCCAGGCUGCGAUUUUUCUGAUGUCACAGUGACGUGUGAUAAUGCCAAACUCAUCUACUUCCCUGCUCUGGCCAUACCAGAGCUCAAAUCUCUGAGUCUGGAGGGCAACAGCAUCAGCAGCAUCCCAGCAGGAGCCUUUAAUGGCAUUCCAAACCUGGAAUGGAUCAACCUGAAGAAAAACAAACUCACCUCUGCUGGCAUUGAUGCUAAAGUCUUUAAAGGUCUGAAGAACUUAAGGCGCCUAUACUUGGAUGGGAACCUUCUCGAAGCAGUGCCCUAUGACCUUCCUCCCACCCUGCAGGAGCUGAAGAUUAAUGAGAACCAACUAAGAGGAAUCAGUGAAAAGAGCCUCAAAGGUCUGGGCAGCCUGGUGAUUCUGGAGUUAGAAGGAAAUCUGCUGAGUGAGGGGAAUGUAGAGCCUCUGGCAUUUGCUCCCCUCAUGGAGCUCUGCUACCUCAGACUGGGCAGAAACCACUUCCGUACCAUACCACAAGGCCUUCCCACACCAUUACUGGAGCUGUACUUGGAAAACAACCUGAUUGAGGAAAUCUCAGAGUCAGUUUUUAAUCAGACGCAAAGUCUUAAUCUGAUUUCUCUCAGACACAACAGGCUGGAUGAAAGCAGGAUUGCUCCAUUGGCCUGGAUCAACCACAGGAAUCUGGAGUCCAUUGACCUGUCACACAAUGAUCUCUACUUGGUGCCCAGCUACCUUCCUAGAUCUCUGGUCCACCUAGUGCUGGUGGGGAAUAACAUUGAGAGGAUACCAGGUUAUGUCUUUGCUCAUAUGGACCCUGGUAUUGAGUACCUCUACCUCUCCUACAAUAAACUGGAUGGGGAGGGAAUCGAACCAGAGUCUUUCUUUGGCUCAUACAACUCAAUGGUGGAGCUGUGUCUGGAUCAUAAUCAGCUGGUCAGUGUGCCAUCUGGCGUCAACGAGAUGACAAACAUACACUUCCUGAGACUCAACAAUAACAACAUCAGGAGUAUCCCUGAGGACAGUAUCUGUGACCCAGAGCACAGUGGAGAUUCGACUUUGGUGGCCGUAAGGCUAGAAAACAACUACAUAGAUCCCAAGAAGAUCUCUCGAUCAGCCUUUUCCUGUGUACGCUCCUCCUCUAGUGUGGUCUUAAAACCCCAGAAGACCAAGUGACCUGAGUUCAUCCAUCAGAAAAUCUUAAAAGACACUUGCUGAAACCCUCAAAAACAAACAGGACAAGUUUGUUUUUUAAUAUGCCGACAAGCUGAAAAGUAAGAUAAAUUCUCUCCUCACUAUCUCUCAUGCUGUUUGUUACUGGAAUUAGGCCCUCAUGAUGAUUUAGAAAAAUGGUGUUCAGAUGUCUGAUGUACAGGUUGAACAUGGAAAAAAUGGAAUUUAACUGUCAAGAGUUACUACGGAUAUAAUCCACCAUUUGGGAAUCUUCAAUCCUGUCAUAUCCUUGGACUAAACUCUUAGGUCUGCAAAGUUGUUUUGCAGGGUUGCCUGGCCCACCUUGAACUUGUAUGAUGGAAACAGAACACCACCUAACAUCAAAACCAAACACAUCGCCGCCUUAGUAAAAUGUUAAACUCUCUACAAUGGAAAGAAUUUCUGCACCAUGCACAGUCAAAUCAGAAUGUGAAUAAAGAAAUGGAAAGAUUCCUGUGAAGUGAGACUACAAACCCAACACAUUAUAUUUAACAACCUCACCACCUUCAUGUUCCAUUUCUCAGACCUGUUUCUUCCAACCCCCCUCUUUCAUAAAACCUCUUACAAGGAGAGUGAGAGGUGGAGGUGAGAGGAAAGUUUAAAGGACUAAGAUGUUGAAGAGUUAAUCUCUCUGACAGAUUAAGAGACAGACGAUGUAACUACAUGUAUGUUCAUUUCUUAAAUGGCAUACAUUUCAUUAGCCUGUUAUGGGCGGAUUUCUAAAAACAGGGCUGUUUUCUUAAGGGUCUCAAAACAAAAUUAUGCCUCAAUCACACUAAAGGUCUGAAAAUAUCCCAAAACUACAAACCUGUGUAGUAGUGGUGUAACAUAAGUCAAUAUCACCUCUGACUGUGAUUAAAAGAAAGCUUUUGCAGCUAGUGAGAGGGAAUCCUUUGGGUUAGAGUAGAUUUUUUUAUACAGUUAUACAUUGCUGUUUAAAUAAAUUGACCUUCCGAAACAAUCUGAAAACAGUUGUAUUUUAAUAAACGCGCCCUGUUGUUUGCUCUUGGCUGGCCAAUAUGCAUAACUUAUAUGCCAAAAUGUUUUAUUGUUUUGAUUCACAUAGUAUAAUAUAUAUAACUUCGCUAUAUUCCCAUUACAGCAAACUUUAAAAUGCUGUUCACAAACAACCACUACUUUAUAUGAAAAAGAAACACCUACAUUCUGAUAUUAUAGCUACACAACUACUGAAAUAAAAGCAUAAUUAUGAGAUUAAAGUACUGGUAGCCCCAAUAUGUCCCAAAAUGUAAUAUAAAUAAACUCAUUAAUGAAGCAAUAACACAUCCUUGCUGCUGUGAUGGGCCAUAAAGAUUUCUGGGACACAAAUUCUAUCAACUAUUUAAAAUCUUAGUCAUCAAUGAUAUAGAUGCAGAUGACAGGGACUUUACAUGCCUAGUUGUGAUACCCUUCUUACUGAACUUGGUCAUAUGGUGAUUUUGACAAAAUUCCAAUCAAUAGUGAAAUAAAUACAUGUUUGUAACUGUUUUACAUCCUUCCACCCUUUCAGCUUACUGCCAACUUGAAAAUGCAAGAAUUCAGGAAUUUUAUAAGCCUGAUUAUAAAUCAGACACGCCAAUCAGACACAAGCCAGACAUAUACUAAUUAAUUAAAGAAAAUCGAAGUGUCACUCAAAGGUCUGCCUUCAUGUUUCCAUCUGUUGAACAUGUUGAGGUUUACUAGGAUCAGAUUCAUGUUGACACUGAAUGCAAAUACUCAACCUGUGAGGUGUACAGAAUGGCGCACAUAUAUAAAAAGAAGUAGAUUUGGAUUUCCCAGGAUCCCUUGAGCUCCUUCAUUGUCAGCAAAUCCACCUCAUUGAGAAAUAUAGUAAUUAUGACAAACUAUCGCAUCAGGCCUCAGGGAAUAGAGCCAUCAUGUCUGUUAACGAAGGAGUCAUGAUAAAAGGUUGUGAUCUUCGCAUCACGUGUCUAUUACCCUCAAAAAAAUACAUAUUUGAAAUAGUAUUUUUAUGAGCUGCUAGCCAACUUUAACAUAAUAUUUUCCUCAGUAAGCCUGAGGUUUAGGAUCAUUUACUCUGGUAGCGGACAGAUCAAAGGACAAAUGGAAAAGCUAAAAUGUGAGGACAAAAACCUCAGCUACUUCAGACAGAAGAAUUGGAAAUAUAUUCGUUGUUUAUAAGCACAAAAAACAAAUCUGAAAGAAGAAAAGCAAUAUAAUCAACAACCAGUAAAGUCGUGUCGGUUUUAAGGAGCUAGAAGACGACCAGUUGUAGAUGGAAAGAUGUUUUCAAUGAACCCGAAGCGCAAAGAUUAAAGGUGUUCCUGUAGAAAAGAGAGAACUCUUGACGACUGCCAACAUGAACAGCUGCUGUGUUCAUCAGUCUCCCAAAUCAGCACAUGGAGGAACAAUCUAAAAGUCAUUAUUCAUAUGACCCCUUCAAUGUUCCUUAGUAUUAGAACAUCCUUUGCUGAAAAUUCGUCCCUCUGUACUCAGCAGUUAUUUUAUCAUGUACCAGUGAUUACUCAAAGGUUGGACCUAAACAGUCUCAAGUUUUCAUUGUCAAGCCACUUGUUCUGGGUGGUAGGUACAAGCAAAAUCAUAUUGCCGCAAUAAGGUUUGUUUCUUGUUUGCAGCAAUUGUUGCUAAGGUGUGAGAAAUUACAUGUUAGCAUAGUAUAAGUAGUUACCAACUAUAAGCCAUUGUUACACGUGUACAUUUAGAAACAUGGAGGUAGAAUGGUGGUAUUGGUAACCUGAGUUUGUAUCAGUGUUUUGACAUGUUCACUUGUAACCCCCUGUAGCAAAAAGUCUGCUCGCUGUAUACAAACACCUAAGACAAACUUUUAGGUGUAGUCUGACCAUAACUCUGUUUCUCUCAUGAUUAUUAUUGAAGUGAUUACAACCAAGGUGUCUAAAAUACAAUCCACUUACUAAUCAGCAGAUUAUCCUCUUGUAGAUUAACAUGCUAUUAGCUUUUGACAACUAUAAUUCUGUAAAAAUUAAUUAGCAGUGGUGUUGUACUUGUGUCAACAUGUUGAUUCUUGAUUCCAGUAUAACCAUAGCUUUGAUAACACUUGCAUACAAACUAUUCUUUUUUGUGCAUUUACUGUUUAAGCGAUAACAUUUGAACCCAGAUAAAUACAUUUCUGAAAAAAAGUA